GUGCCUGUCGCAGGGCAAUGACGUUGCCGCAGUACAUUGAAGUGGGUGGUAGCUUAGUUUCUUGAUCCUUGCGCUCAGGCGCACCCUGUCAUCAGCGAAUGGACAGGGCACGGUGACCCACCUCCCUCAAGGUACUAGUGGUGUCUGGCAGCAUGCUCAGCGGGCCUGGCUCCAUGCUUCACUCCUGUGCCCUCCCUAUGCCUGGCUAUUACACUUCCUGCUCCUGAAAUACUCACCUGGGGUUGUAUCCCCAUUGCCAAGCAAGGUGUACUAUCAGCAUGCAGUUGUUCAGGACUUUGUUUCUGAAACCAAAUGCCAAAAAUAUAUAUCUUCUAACUUCUUCUGUUCGAUCAUGUAGACAACAAAUAUGGCCUCCUUCCUCCCUCCGCUUUGGAUGUCAAAUCUUAGUGGUGCAUGGACAACAUAAGCAAUGGCUUCAUUCUCCUUCAGGGCAAGAUGUGCCACAAGAAAAAAAAUCUACAACUGCCAGUCCAAAUCAAAGUGAAGAAGAUAUCACAACAAAAAGCCCUUAUGGUGCUACUAAACCUGAAGAGGUUAUAGACUCUGAUCCCUUGCAGGAUAAGUCCAUUGGGCUUUUUCACAGAUUUAAAAAGACUUUUAAACAGCAUGGAAAAGUUCUGAUUCCUGUUCAUCUAGUGACAUCCAGUUUUUGGUUUGGGUCAUUUUAUUAUGCUGCCAUGAAAGGAGUUAACGUGGUUCCUUUUCUGGAACUCAUUGGCCUCCCUGAUGUCGUCAUAAACAUUCUGAAGAAUUCUCAAGGAGGGAAUGCACUUACAGCUUACGCCUUGUACAAGAUUGCAACACCAGCUAGAUAUGCUGUUACAUUAGGUGGAACAUCUAUUAGUGUUAAAUAUCUACGGAGGUAUGGCUAUUUGUCUACACCACCAUUGGUGAAAGACUAUUUACAGGACAAAAUGGAAGAAACUAGAGACAUCAUUAGUGGAAAAAUGGAAGAAACAAAGGAUAAAAUUUCUGAAAAGCUAAUGGAAACCAAAGAUAAAGUUUCUUUCAGAAAGAAAAAAGAAGAGUAGCAAUCCAUCCAUUUAAAAAAAUAUGUACGGUAUUUCAUGACUAUUCCAAGCUGAAAACACACUUUAUUUGAUUGCAUUUUUCUAAUUGUAAAGAAUCUGUCAUUCUGGUCACAUUUGUCUUUAUUCUACCACCAAAUGCAUUUUUUCGGUUUAAAGUUUGGACUCUUUAAAGGACCUA